UCUCCUGAAUCCCUAUCGCUAUUCUUCAUCCUCCGAGCGCCGCCUCCUCCGAGCCCCUCCUCCGAGCCCCUCCUCCGAGCGCCGCCUCCCGCAACUAAUCCGGUUUGGAAGUCAAACUUCCACUCUUCCAUGUAAUUCGCCCACCCUCUUCUCGUAAAACCUGGUUGCUUCUUCCCAAAAAGAAAAGGAAAACCCUAGCUUGCGGUUCUGAAGUCAAUGGAUCCCCAGCCUGAGCCUGUGAGCUAUAUUUGUGGAGAUUGCGGGGCAGAGAAUACUUUGAAACCUGGUGAUGUGAUUCAAUGCAGAGAGUGUGGAUACCGCAUCCUGUACAAGAAGCGCACUCGGAGAAUUGUUCAGUAUGAAGCGCGCUGAGGACAAAUGUGAAAGGAUGUCCUUGGUGGUGGAAGCUGUUGUCUACUGAAUGGCGUACUGCAGUGUCGGAGUUUUUUAAAAAACAAUGCUCGUGGUCUUUUGUGUUUAUAUGGAUAAUUAUGUCUGACUGAACUUUGUUUCUUUAAUGGCUGACUGUUAUCAUAUGCUGUUUGCUUAGUAAUUUCGUUAUACAUCUUGACAGCAUUUCUUGGUCCUGUCAGAAAUUAGUAUUUUAUCAGUUGGUGGAGUUCCUGCAUAUAUAUAAAAUGUGUAAACCAUGAUAUUUAUGCUUUGAAUUGGAAUGCUCUGUGGAAAGAUC